AUGGUCUUUCAUAGAAACGCGUUUCGAGGGCCACCUCGAGAAGAUGCACAAUUCGGUGGAUCAUAUCGAUCACAUGGUAGAUAUCCGACUCCCCCAGAUACGAUAAGAAGCGACAGUUCACCUCUCUUGCGUUAUUACGACUAUUCGUCUGUUCCUAGUCAAAACCAUCGUGCGGACAAAAGAGCUGCUCAAGUUGGUAAGGACAGGCUACAUCGCAGUUCCAAAAUCACAUACGACCCGGAUUUGCGAAAGGACCCCUCAAAAGGCUCAAAACCUAUAUAUAUCUUUACAGACCGCGACCGAGGAAUAUGUGAAGACCCACGCCCAAAAGCGCUUCAAAAGAUACCCAAGCUACUGCGGCGCCCUCAUACUUCUUUACUCAUACCCAAGUAUAAAUACGAUAAGUACUCUGUGGGGCCCGAGCCAUCAUCACAACUUGUCAUAUGGAAUUUUCCGACCACAACUCCGCUCGUGAUCAUCAGAAAUAAUUUUACUCAGUUUGGUAAAAUUGCGGACCUGAAAGGGAUCGACGACCCUUUGACGGCAGUCCCACUGGGUAUGUGUGUUUUGGACUAUGAUGGAGAUCCUGAUUCAGCACAUCAAGCGGCCACUAAAGCCGUUGCGGCAAUGCACAAAAAGUUGCAGAUCGGAGGUCAGUACCUGCGAUGCGGACUUAACAAUAACGAUCAAUUAUUUAAUACCAUCUACAAUCGAAUUCUUGAUACCAAGAAACAGCAGCUGAUCAAAGAAAAAGAAGAGAAAAGGCGCCAGCAGGAGCUGCAAAUGAUGCAGAAACGAGACGAGCAAAAGAGAGAGAGGGAAGAGCAAAGACGCGAGCGAGAGGAACGCAAGAAACUUAAUAGGCCAAGUCGAGAUGAUCUGCCCGUGAAGCUCUCGGCUCAUGAUCGUCAUGUGAGAACCUUGUCCUCGAUUACUCUUCCAUUCAAUUUUGAUAAACACAUUGCGAAUAGGCCAUUUCUUCUCAUUCCAGAUAAAUUCGUCAACACUCGCAAUGUUAACUCGUCAGACAUACGAAAGCUACUUUCUGGGCAUGAGUUUGAUCGGAUCUUGACUCACAAAUCGGGCUUCUACGUUGUGUUCAAUAAUAUUGCAGAUGCUGAAAAAUGCUUCGACGAAGAAGACGGAAGACAUUUCUCGAAAUACAAGCUGUAUAUGGAUUUCGUUGUGCCUGAUGAGCUGAUGAGUCAGACCAAGAUUGGUGAGAGAAUUGGUCACGUUGGCCAAGCAAAAGCAGUGCUGAUUAGAGAAUUCCAUGAUUACUUGCUUAAAGAUUUGAGAGAGAAAGUAAUUGGCCCGAAGCUGCUCUCAUUCUUGAACAGCGACAAGUACAAGUCGGUAUUAGAUAAGCAUUUGAAGGAAAAAGAAGACACCAAAGAUCCCAAGGCGAACUCCUCGAAAGCGCCUGUCGGUGUUUCUACAUUUACCGUUCAGCAUCAAUCUAUCCCAAUAUCAUCGCUAUCUACCUUCAGACGGAAGCCUGUGGAGAAAAAGUACAAACGUAAGCUUAACGCUGUUCCUAUGGCUCAUGCGCUGAAUUAUUCUGACAACGAAUCGGAGGAUGAAGAUCAAAGCAAAGCUUCCAAGAAACAAAAAAUGCUUGCCAUAGAAUCCACUUCUUCUUCGGAUGAGGAAGAUAUGCAAGAUCUUUCGGAAUCUAAAGCUACCUCGCAACCAACGUCACCUGAAUCACUGGACCGUCAGAAAGAGGGAUCUGAGCCUGAUCAGAAAAAAGAUCACUUGGUUAGCGAGUUAUACAAGCCUUCCCAUGAUGUAGGAAGGACAGUUUACGAUGACGAUUACAGUAAAAUGGACUUUGACUUGAACAGCCUGCAAGCGGUCAUUCAUGAUGAGGAGGAUUUUGCUUUUGCAAGAAAAGCGUUUGAAGGCUUACCAAAGAGCGAAGAGAUCAAAGAUGUCAAAUUUUGGGCCUGGAAACACAAGGAAUACGCGAAGAGAAUCAAGCAUUUGAGCUCAAUGGCUGAGACAAGUGCAGAAGAUGCGGAAGCUAUCGAGUUUUCACAAGAAAUUUUGAAGAACGAUAAACUUCAAAAUUCGACUGGCAGCUUCCGCACUCAAGGCUAUUAUAAAAUACCUGAUAAGAUAAAGAGCGAAUACCUUUUGCAUCGCCGGAAAGCUCACAAGCCUCUAAAUACUGUUCAAAACGAAGAUGAGGGUGAGACGCAAGCCGUUCAGAGCUCCAGGGUCAAUAGGGCUAAUAAUCGUCGGUUUGCGGCUGAUAUCAGCGCCCAGAAGCAGAUGUUGGGCUCUGAAACGGAUAUCCUGGAUCUGAACCAGCUGACAAAGAGGAAAAAACCUGUCCAAUUUGCCAGAUCCGCCAUUCAUAACUGGGGAUUGUAUGCUUUAGAACCGAUCGCUGCGAAAGAGAUGAUUAUAGAGUAUGUCGGAGAGCGAAUCCGGCAGCAAGUGGCUGAAGUCAGGGAAAAGAAGUACCUUCGAUCAGGCAUAGGCUCGUCCUAUUUGUUCCGUAUUGACGAGAAUACCGUUAUUGAUGCAUCCAAGAAGGGGGGCAUAGCGCGCUUCAUUAAUCAUUGUUGCGUGCCCUCUUGUACGGCAAAGAUCAUCAAGGUGGAAGGAAAGAAGAGAAUUGUUAUUUACGCUCUACGCGAUAUUGCAGCCAAUGAGGAGCUUACUUACGAUUACAAGUUCGAAAGGGAGACCAAUGAUGAGGAGAGAAUCCCAUGUUUAUGUGGGGCCCCAGGAUGUAAAGGAUAUCUAAACUAA